CAUCCAAAAUAAGAGGACGUUUCUCCCUCUCUCUGACCCUUUCUUCCUCGUCUUCUUCCAUCAUCGCCAUUACCAUCGCCAUCUCCAAACUCUCUAUCUCUCUCUCUCUCUCUCUCUCUCUCUCUCUGUAAAUCGAAAUCUUGAUCAAGGAAAAUUAACCAUGCGGCAGGCUGAAAACCAGGGCUCCUUCCUGAACCGGAUCAGCAUCCGCCGGAACCAGGUGGCGUCAAUGGAAGGCUGCCACGACCAGGAGCUCGAAGACCUCGACCUCUUCCAAAAACACGUCACCGAUCGCUUCUCCGAUUUGCUUACCCCUUCUACCUUCUCAGGUGAAAGCGAGGGCGGAAUGCCGCCUGCCGAGCCCCUCCUCUCCAUCGCCUGGUUCCGCAGGCUCCUCGACACCUUCCUCUGCUGCGAGGCGGAGUUCAAGGCCGUCCUGAUAAUGGGCCGCGACCCGGCUCAGUUCUCCAAGCCUCCAUUGGAUCGGCUCAUCCCCGACCUCCUCGACCGCACCGUCAAGGCCCUUGACGUCUGCAACGCCCUCACCCACGGCCUCGACCUCGUCCGCCACUGGCUCAAGCUGGCCCAGAUCGCCGUCGCCGCCCUCGAGUCGCGCCCGAUAGGCGACGGCCAGGUCCGGCGUGCCAAGAAGGCGCUCAACACGUUGCUCACCUCCAUGACCCUGGAUGACAAGGAGAACCACCACGGCAAGCAGCCGGAGCGCAGCUGGUCCUUCGGGAGGCGCGUCGCAGCCCCGAACAAGGACCGCACCGCCGGGAACUUCCGCUCCAUCUACUGGAGCAUCGCCAAAUCGUGGUCGGCCUCCAAACAAAUCCAAGCCAUGCUGUCCAACCUCGUCGCUCCGCGUGGGGGCGAGCCGACAGGGCUGGCCCAGCCGGUCUACAUAAUGAGCACGGUCCUGGUUUUCGUGAUGUGGGCUUUGGUGGCGGCGAUUCCGUGCCAGGAACGCUCCGGCCUGGCGACCCAUUUUCCCGUACCGAGGCAGCUGGCGUGGGCCCAGCCGGUGAUCAGUUUGCAAGAAAAAAUCGGGGAGGAGUGGAAGAAGAAGGAGAAGAAGGGGGCUUCGGGUCUGCUGGAAGAAAUACAGAGGAUGGAGAAGCUAUCGAUGUCAAUCGUGGAGUUCGCCGAGAACUUCCAGUUCCCGGCGACGGAGACUGAGGAGUUGGCAGCGCAGGUGGAGGAACUGGCGGAGAUAUGCGAGAGGAUGGAGCAGGGGGUGGUGCCGUUGCAGCAGCAGGUGAGGGAAGUGUUUCAUCGGAUUGUCAGGAGCAGGACGGAGGUUCUGGACGUGAUCGACCAAGUCGGAAAAUUGUCGUCGCCGGUUCCCUAUUGACAUCACAAUCAAAUGAAAUCUGCAACUUCAAUUGCCAUUUUUGUUUGUAAAUGUUGUUUCUUUUCUAGUCUCAAUCUUCAAUGAAGGGACGGACUAAUCCAUCUUCGUCUCAAUAUACCAUACAAGUUAUUAAGGAGUUGUGAUACCUCUAUAUACCUCUUCUACCCUA